AUGGACAGGUCCCACGGCUGCUGCUACAAGGUCGCGGCCAGCAUGGGAAGGGCUUGCUGCCCUCUGCCAGAGGCAGAGCAGCACAGGGAGGAGGAUGUGGAGACCUUAAAGGCAGAGAUUGCCCAGCUCGUGUUGCUCAUCAUCAACACCUUCUACUCCAACAUGGAGAUCUUCCUGCAGGAGCUCAUCUCCAACGCUUCUGGUGCUGUGGUGAGCAUCACCGUCUUCCCUAGACAUGGGAUAAGCUCUGAGAGCUUGACAGAUCUCUCCAAGCUAGACAGUGCUAAGGACCUCAAGAUGGACUUUAUGCUCACCCUGGUGGACACUGGCAUUGAGGUGACAAAAGCGGACCCCAUCAACAAGCUGGGCACUAUUGCCAGAUCUAGUACUACAGCCUUCAUGGAAGCCCUGCAGGCAGGCGCAGACUUCUCCGUGACUGGGUAGUUUGGCGUGGGUUUCUAUUCUGCCUACCUAGUGGCCAAGAAGGUGGUCAUUACCAAGCACAACGAUGACGAGCAGUAUGCUUGGGAGUCAUCAGCUGGGGGCUCCUUCACCGUCCAAACUGACCUUCGUGAGCCCUUUGGACAGGGCACUAAAGUGAUCCUGUGUUUGAAGGAAGCAGAGUACUUGGAGGAGCGGCAUGUCAAAGAGAUGGUGCAGAAGCACUCCCAGUCCAUUGGUGACCCCAUCAUGCUCUACCUGGAGAAGGAGCAUGAGAAAGAGAUCAGUGAUGAUGAGGCAGAGGAGGAGAAAGUUGAGAGGUCAGCAUCCAAAGAUGAGGAGAAACCCAAAACUGAGGAUGUGGGCUCUGAUGAUGAGGAGGAGGGAGACAAAGGCAAGAAGAAAAAGACCAAGAAAAUCAAGGAGAAAUAUAUUGACCAGGAGGAGCUGAAUAAGACCAAGGCUCUUUGGACCCACAACCCUGAUAACAUCUCCCAGGAAGAGUAUGGCGAGUUCUACAAUAGCCUCACCAAUGACUGAGAGGACCACCUGGCUGUCAUAGUGGCUGCUGCGGACUCAGAGCACCUGCCUCUGAACACCUCUCGUGAGAUGCUCCAGCAGAGCAAGAUCCUCAAGGUGAUCCGCAAAAGCAUUGUGAAGAAAUGCUUGGAGCUCUUCUCCAAGCUGUCAGAGGACAAAGACAACUACAAGAAAUUUUAUGAGGCCUUUUCCAAGAAGCUGAAGCUGGGCAUCCAUGAGGGCUCCACCAACCAAAAGCACUUUUCAGAGCUGAUGUGUUACCACAGGUCCCAGACAGGCGACGAGGUGACUUCGCUUUCAGAGUAGGUGUCCCAUAUGAAGGAGACCCUGAAGAGCAUUUCCUGCAUCACAGGGGAGAAUAAGGAACAGGUUGCCAACUUGGCCUUUGUGGAGCAUGUAACUAUCUCAAACUGGUUGGUCUCAUCUCCCUGCUGCAUCGUCACCAGUGCCUACAGUUGGACACCCAACAUGGAGUGCACCAUGAAGGCUCAGGCACUGCAGGACAACUCUACCAUGGGCUAUAUGAUGGCCAAGAACUUGGAGCUCAACCCUGACCACCCAAUUGUGGAAACCCUCCGCCAGAAGGCUGAUGCUGACAAGAAUGACAAAGCUGUCAAAGAUCCCGUGGUGCUACUCUGUGAGACUGCUCUGCUGUCCCCUUGUUUCUCCCUGGAAGAUCCCCAGACCCACUCCAACUGCAUCUACAGGAGGAUCAAACUGGGGCUUGGCAUUGAAGAGGUGACAGCAGAGGACCCUGAUGAAAUCCCCCUUCUGGAGGGCGAUGAAGAUGCAUCCCAUAUGGAAGAGGUAGACUAA